AACAAGCAAGAUCACCAGUAUGAGGUUGAAGGCUGUCAGUGUGUACGCCCCACAGGGUGGAGGUCAGGUAGGGGGUUGGAGGAAGGUACAGAAGGUGUGAUCUGAGCGAGAUAUGAGACUGUGAGGUGGCAUGAGGGAGGAUGUAGCUGGGCAGCAUCGGAUGGUCGACUGCAGGGUGACUUUGGACAUCAAGAAGAGGAAGUGUGAAGGAAGGAAGGAUGCUGCACAGAGUGGGAAAGUAAAGUUGAGGGAAACUGCAGGGAAAGUGUUUGGAGUAUCCUCUGGACAAAGGAAGGAGGACAAGAAGGCUUGGUGUGGACCCAAAGCAAUGAACAGUGCACUAGAGAAGUGAAAAAGAGUGUGCAGGCAGGGUGGAGCGGGUGGAGACGAAUGUCAGGGGUGAUUCAUGACAGAAGGGUAGCAGCACGAGAGACAGGGAAGGUUCAAAGACAGCAGUGAGCUCUGCUGGGACGGUUUGGAGACGGCGGAGGCCGAGCUGAAGAUGUUAAGACGUUCACUGGGAGUGAGAAGGAGGCGUCCAUCAGAGGAGCAGCUGAGAGUCAGAGAGGAUGAGAUGGUCUGAGCAUGUGAGGAGGGAGGGUGAUGGAGCUGCCAGGUGCAGAACGACUGCUUUGAGUUUCCUGCAGUCAGCACGGAGCUUCGAGGUUUGCUGCUAUAUGAAGAACAGGACUUUGAAUAAGUGGGUGAGAGUGGAGGAAGGUGAAUCUGAGAGGAAACCCAGACCCAGAACUAAGUCGACCUUUGGUCAGUCACAUGACCCCCUCCUGAGAACGACACAAAAAGGUUUCAUUCUGCUGCGUCUGCACAGAAAGGGAAGGAUGAAGUUUUUGGAGCUGUUUGGGCGUCUAAAAUCCAUCGUUAUUGGAAUGAUUCACGUGAAAGCGUUGCCAGGUAGCCCACUGGGCUCUUUGAAAAUGUCUGAAAUCAGCGAGGCGGCGUGCCGGGAGGCUGCGAUCUACAGAGACGCAGGGGUUGAUGGACUGAUCGUUGAAAACAUGCACGAUGUGCCGUACUCUCUGAGCGUGGGCCCCGAGGUGAGCGCCUGCAUGACCGCCGUCUGCUGCAGCGUUAGGGCCGCCUGUCCGUCCCUGCCGAUAGGAGCGCAGAUCCUGACUGCAGCCAAUCAGCAGGCUCUGGCUGUGGCUCUGGCCUCAGGCCUGGACUUCAUCAGGGCUGAGGGCUUCGUCUUUGCUCACGUGGCAGACGAAGGCCUCCUGAACGCCGGCGCUGGGGACUUACUGCGGUACCGCAAACAGAUCGGAGCUGAGCACGUGCAGAUCUUCACCGACAUCAAGAAGAAGCACAGCUCGCACGCCCUGACAUCAGAUGUGAGCGUCGCAGAGACGGCACGUGCUGCUGAGUUCUUCCUCUCAGAUGGCAUCAUCAUCACAGGAGCAGCCACAGGACUGCAGGCCGACCCCGAGGAGCUCCGAGGACUGCCGGCACAGACAGGAGACUCUGACAGGUCAGAGAGGGCACACCUCAGACGUUUCCCGGUCUGUGGGAAUCCCCGUGCUGAUUGGCUCAGGAGUGACCUAUGACAAUGUUGAACGCUACCUGGAUGCAAAUGCGAUGAUCGUGGGCUCCCACUUUAAGCUGGGCGGGCACUGGGCCAACGAGGUGGACCUGCAGCGGGUGAAGAGGUUCAUGGGAAAAAUCCGGAAGCUCCGCCAG